UGCCGGUCGGAGACACGGGGGUCUGUUUUUGGUUCGUGGGGCUACACAGACCGUAGACCGUCCCGUAAACCUAUAAUCCGGUCCGGUCUCCAGACCCUGGUGAAGGCGAUUCCAAGCAUCUGCCACAACCAGCCAGAGACCUUACUAACGAGCCUGCCGGCACCUUCUCGGGGUCUACACACUACACCUAUCUCCAAAGCGUGGAAGUGAAGCUAAGAACUCCUGAUUGGCUUGCAUCUCUCCACCGGUAAAGCCGGGUGUUCUUGUUUAUUUGGCCCGUCAGCAAGAACAGCAGGGGUUGCGAUGGCCGACCCUGUGUCGCAAGCGAGCAGCAGAUGGAGGGACCUUGACAAACUCCUCUUGAGGCCCGGCAACCUUGUCGGUCCGAACUUCGACCCAGGCACCGAGUUAAGAGACGAUCUUCAAGAAUAUGCGAAGGUCUUAGUUGUUGGCGCAGGCGGGCUGGGCUGCGAACUGCUUAAAGACUUGGCUUUGAUGGGUUUUCGAAACCUUGAAGUCAUAGACAUGGACCGAAUUGAGGUUUCCAACCUAAAUCGUCAAUUCCUAUUCAGGCUUCAAGAUGUUGGAAAGCCAAAGGCUGAAGUGGCAGCUCAUCGUGUCAUGGAAAGAGUUAGUGGAGUCGACAUUGUGCCUCAUUUUUGCCGCAUCCAAGAUAAAGAUCUUGAGUUUUAUAAUAAAUUUAAUAUUAUUGCCCUUGGUCUUGAUUCAAUCGAGGCUCGUAGCUACAUCAAUGAUGUGGCUUGUAGUUUUCUAGAAUAUGAUGCUGAAGACAACCCGUGUGAAGAAACUAUCAAACCCAUGGUAGAUGGUGGGACCGAGGGUUUUAAGGGCCAUGCUAGGGUUAUAAUGCCGGGUGUCACACCAUGCUUUGAGUGUACCAUCUGGCUUUUCCCCCCUCAAGUAAAGUUUCCUCUAUGCACGCUGGCAGAAACACCUAGAACAGCUGCUCAUUGUAUUGAAUAUGCCCACUUAAUUAAAUGGGAUGAGGUGCAUGGCGGAAAACCUUUUGAUGCAGAUGACCCAGAACAUAUGCAGUGGGUUUACUCAGAGGCUGUCAAAAGAGCUGAGCUUUUUGGAAUUCCAGGUGUCACCUAUUCUCUAACUCAGGGUGUUGUCAAGAAUAUUAUUCCUGCUAUUGCUUCUACAAAUGCAAUUAUAUCAGCUGCAUGUGCACUGGAAACCUUGAAGAUUGCAACAUCAUGUAGCAAAACACUAUCCAAUUAUCUAUCGUAUAAUGGUCUUGAGGGCCUCCAUACCAAGGUGACUGAGUUUGUCAGGGACAAAGAUUGCCCUGUCUGUGGUCCAGGUGUUCUUCUUGAGCUUGACACUACAACUACCCUUCAGAAGUUCAUUGAACUCCUUGAAGAAUACCCUAAGCUGCAUAUGUCCAAAGCAAGUGUUACAUACCGUGGAGAGAAUCUAUACAUGCAAGCACCUCCAGUUUUGGAAGAGAUGACUCGAUCAAACUUAACUGUACCUCUUUUUGACCUCAUGGGUAAAAUCCCGAAAGGCAUUGUCCAUAUCAGUGGUACAGCCACCAAAAACGACAAGAAGACAUCAUGCACUAGGAAAUUACGUGUUUUGUUCAAGGUAAUUGAUGGGGAUACAGAUAUGGAUACAGCCACUGGUUCUUGAUUUUUCAUCCAGAAGGCACUGUGCCUGAUUUUACUUGAAAUUGAGGCAUCCUAAGUUUCCACCCAGCAAGGAACUAGAAGAUGUGCUUUUCAAGGAAGUCAUCUUAGUUAAUACAGCAAGUGGGAGGUGAGUUUGGAUUUCUCUUUUCUUUCUUAUAACGGUUUUAAAAUCUGCUUGUUGUCAAAAAGUCUUGCUUAAAAGUGAGUGCAAGAUGUUAGAAGGACCACAUUUUUAUUGUCUGGGAAUUGGGAGAGAAAUUUUAGCAUAAACUGCUUAAAAGCAACUUUUUUUGCUUACUGAAGGAUUAUUUUGCAUAGAACUGCUUGAAGAUAAACCUUUUUUGCUUAAUAAAGGAUAUAUUUAGUCAA